AUGAGCACGCCGAUAAAGUAUGACAUACAACAGACGUGUCAUGAGAUGUCGUUGUUGCGUGUGCCGGAGCUCAAGGCAGUAUGCAGGUCGAUAGGGCUGCCGCUGUCAGGACGCAAGGCGGAUCUCCAAGCACGCAUCAAAGAAUAUGUGGAGAACUCUCUGCGACCCAACCACGUUGAUCCCUUCAGGCCGAAAGCCAUCAUGGCGUUGAUACAAAAGUCUAAGGUGGGGGACGUACUACCGACAUACGAGUCGAUUUUGCAGGCGCUGAGGACCGGUGCGUUUACACAUCCGGUGGCCACGGGUCAUGCGCCACCAAGCAGUCUGUUCCCAUCGGACUCGGUGGAUGGGGCCCCGCACGAUGAAUCCGGUGACCAGCAUCAGACAGCACGGGCGGUGGGUCGCAAAGGAUCGCCGUCAAGUGUGUUCUAUCCAAGUCCGUUUUAUAACUUAAAGCGUAUGGUAUCGGGUUCGCCGAAGAUGGCGGCCAAAUCACCAGGGCGUGGGACUUGCAAUAUGAAGUUCAGGCUAAGCGAAACUGAGUCGAAAUUCAUACUUGAUAGCAAAGACACGAAGCUACUACUUUUCUGUGGCCCUGUAAGCCAGGGAAAUCGCGUGCAUAUCCAGUUUCCGCAUCCUAAUGAAAUAAAGCUAAAUGAUAACAUGAUUAAGGAUAAUGUUCGGGGGUUGAAGAACAAGAUUGGGACAGCCAAGCCUGCUGACUUGACACCUUUUGUCAAGCACAAUGCUGAGAACUAUUUGCAAUUGGUAUAUGCAUUUACGAAGGAAGACUUUUUGGUAUAUCUAUACAUCGUGACGAUGAAUACCCCCGAGAAGAUACUGGAAGGGGUGCUAGCGCGGCCUAAGAUCGUGAAGCCUGCAACUCUUGCAUACAUUAAAAAAAUUUUAAGCGAAGAUGAAGAUGACGAUUUGAUGACGACCUCUACUAUUAUGACCUUGCAAUGCCCUAUUUCAUAUUCACGGAUGAAAUACCCUGUCAAAUCCGUCCGUUGCGAUCAUUUACAAUGCUUCGAUGCUAUGUCCUUUAUUCUCUCUCAAAUGCAGAUCCCUACGUGGCAAUGCCCCGUUUGCCAGAAACAGAUUGAAAUUAAAGAUUUAGCUGUCUGUGACUAUGUGGAUGAUAUCAUAAAAUCUUCUAAUGAAAAUGUGGAACAAGUGGUAAUUAAUAGUGAUGGUUCAUGGGUAGCGAAGGAAGAGGAACCUGAAAAUCGACCAGGAAAAUCAACUGACACUGAACAGCCUGCACAAACCAAUAUAAAGGACGAGGAUAUAGAUCAGGUAAUACUUGAUGAGGAGAUGUCAACUAAAAAGGCAGCAAAUGACCCUAUUGUUAUCUCUCUGGAUAGUGAUGAUGAAGACGAUGAUGUGUCAUUAGCAGAAGAGCUCGCUAAACUGAAAAAUCACCCCCAAUCACAUUCUAACAGUCACACUUCUCCACAGAAGCAAAGUAGAACACCCGAUAGCCUGUUAAAUGGGAAGGUAAGCAGGGCUAGUUCGGUACCUCUGGCUGUAGAACAGACAUCUUCUUUCAGUCCAAACGAACGCUCAAUAUCAUCUAACGGUGGUAACGCACCAUUGGAUCGGACAAUUUCUACUGAAGGCUCAGCAAGAGUAAUUUCUCUGCCCUCGCGAUCUGCCGGUGUUCUUUCGACUGGUUCAGGAUCGCUUUCAAACCAUCCUGUAACUACGCUGAACCACACUUUACAAGACAACGGCAUAUCGACAAUCACAAGACUUCCUCGAGACAUGCCCGCCACCAAUCUUCAUCGUGUACUGACGGACUAUAAUCCAAGUGGCCAUUUGAAUUCGCAGCAUGAUGCCACGCUUUCCAACCUGAGCUCGAAAACUGGAGAUGUACAUCGGCCUUCCAAUUCCUCUUCGAGUUUUAAUGGAGCACAAAAAAGGGCUAGCAUCCCAAAUAUCUUAGGCUCUGCUCCACUUAGUAAUCAAUCAAGAACUCCAGACAACCGUUUAACACAUGGUACAUCGAUCCAUGAGAACCCGCGGUUAGAAUUAAACGGUGAUCAGUCUUUACUCUUUGGCGGUAAUACAGGGCAGGCAUCGGGUAACUUGGCGGGUGUUUCACCGGCCGAAAACUCCCGAAGGAGCAAUUCGCAUGAUCAGAGCCAAUAUAGAUUACAUUCCAACGCUUUCCAUUCGACUGCCCCUCCAAACGAACCUUCUAAGAACACUAGUCCAGGUACAACUGUUGCACCUGCGAGCGUUGUUGGUACAAACACAAGGAACACACAACGUGGACCCACGGGAGAUGUCUCCCAAGAAUCAGUCGAACAGCCGCAAUCAGCUUCGCGCGCAUCCGAUGAAUCUAGCGCAAGAAUUAUGUCGCCUAGUCAUCAUACGGAGCCAGUAGUGUCUGUUUCGACAAUCUCUUCUAACACACGCCCUCCUAUACUGCCACCGCUUCCCUCAAUUCAUCGACCGCUUAUUUCUCCUUCGCCGCCUGUAGAUGAUGCGCCAUCUGGAUAUUAUCCCACUCGCCAGGACCACUCUAAGGCAUAUCCAUCAACUAAUCCAAGAAACAAAAAGCCACCAGUGUCGCCUUUUAUUCCUAGGAAGUAUUCUAGCGUGGUGCCAAAGAAAAGACUAUUAUCAACUUCUGAUGGCGCUGCGAAAGGUGACACAAAUAAUGCUUGUACAAAUCAUGGCGAUUGA